AUGAAGCGUGCUUCAAGCCACCAAGAGCUUCACCGUUUGCGCUCCUCCCAUGCUGCUCAUGUCGAGGAACUAGCACUGUUGCAAGCCGAAAGGGAUCUGCUUUCUCGCGACCGCAAGGCCCAGCGCAACCAUCUGGUCAACUUCGUUAUGGGGCUUUUGCCGUCGGUGGGGCUCGCCUAUGAUAAGCGGCGGAGAGAGCUGUCAGCGGCCGAUCCUGUGCCACCCCCGAACAAGCGUGCGCGCGUAACGGUCACCUCGAGUUCGGUCGGACCAGAUUCGUCUGCCAGCCCGUAG